AUGGAACUUCAAUGGUUUUGGAUGUUUGCUGCCACUUUGUUGGCAUGUUACAUUUUUGUUAGCAAAGUUAUGAGGAAUUUGAAUGGAUGGUAUUAUGAUCUUAUAUUUAAAAACAAACAAUAUCCACUACCUCCUGGUGACAUGGGAUGGCCUUUAAUUGGAAAUCUUUGGUCCUUCUUCAAAUAUUUCUAUUCUGGUCGCGGUGAAAUGUUCAUCAACAACAUUAUUUUCAAAUUUGGACGAACUGGUAUUUACAAGACUCAUUUGUAUGGAAGUCCAAGCAUCAUUGUCAUUGCACCUGCUAUAUGCAAGAAAGUCCUAAUAGAUGAAGUGACUUUUAAGAUUGGUUAUCCAAAAUCCGCCCUUGAAUUAGGCGAUAGUAAGAUUCUACAUAAAGAACGCGGACGUUUUAAACAACUAGUAUCAUCUCCUAUCAAUGGUCACAAUGUAUUAGAAAUGUACUUAGAGCGUAUUGAGGAUAUUGUGAUCAACAAGCUAGAAGAAUUGUCUAGCAUGAAACACCCUGUUGAGUUCCUUACGGAGAUGAAGAAAGCUUCUUUUGAAUUCGUCAUUCACAUUUUCUUUGACUCUUGCGAUCAAGAUACCGUGAACAAAAUUGGAGAUUUAUUUAAUGUUAUGAGUAUUGCCUUGUUAUCUUUCAUGCCCAUAAAUGUACCUGGUUUUGCAUACAACAAAGCAUUAAAGGCACGUAUGGAGUUUGUCAAAAUAAUUGAAAAUAUUAUUUGUGGAAGGAGAAUGGCGAUAAAAAAUGGACAAAUUGGAGAAAAUAAUAAUUUGUUAGACAUUAUUUUGGAAACCAAAGACGAAAGGGGUGAAAAAUUGGAGGAUAAGGACAUUAUUGACUUACUGAUAGCCUUUCUAUUUGGUGCUCAUGAUUCAAUUGCAACUGCUUCUAUGUGGUCAGUUAUGUAUCUUGCACAAAAUCCACUUUGUUUGAAGAAAGCCAAGGAAGAGCAAGAAGGAAUUUUGAAAGCAAGAUCAACCUCCCAAAAACGAUUAAGUAUUGAGGAAAUUAAGAAAAUGAUUUAUCUUUCUCAGGUUGUUGAUGAAACAAUACGCCAUAUCACUAUCUUUUCAGCUUUUCGAGAGGCAGCAAUUGAUGUAAACAUCAAUGGUUAUUUCAUACCAAAGGGAUGGAAAGUACUAGUUUGGCUAAGCGCUCUUCAUAUGGAUCCCGAGUAUUACUCAAAUCCAAAAGAAUUUAAUCCAACGAGAUGGGAUGAUUAUAACCCAGGAUCAGGAACCUUUAUUCCUUUUGGAGUAGGUCGAAGGCUUUGUCCUGGAAGAGACCUGGCCAAAUAUGAAAUAUCUAUAUUUCUACACUAUUUUGUCCUUAAUUACAAGUUGGAGCGAAUAAAUCCUGAAUGUCCAAUUACUAGUUUCCCAUAUUCUAAGCCAAUAGACAAUUGUCUUGCUAAGGUCAUAAAGAUCUCUGAUUCUUAA